AUUCCAAAAAGAACCCAUUAUUUAUUUUUCCUCAAGUAAUUAACAUUUUGACGUGGCAGAGUUUUAUUGAGCCAUUUGGCAGAUGUAGGAUUAUAGAACCAUGCUGACAAUGCACAACAAAAUCCCCCAAGCACCUACCAGUCUUCCCUCCAACUGUAGCUUUAAAACUCGUAUGAAUCCUUAACCUUCGCAAAACAUCAGUUGUUUUUGUUGUCUUCUUGAAACAGUAGUUUCAUAAAAAACCUUUAACCUUUUGCUCCAAUCUCUUCAAAAAACCAACUUUUUUUUUGUGAAUGCAAAUUUCAUUUACAGACCCUCAAAUAUGUCCAACUUUGAAGCUUUGUCACAUCUUUCAACAACCCAAAGUUCAUCAGAUUUUCUUAGUACUAGCACCAUCAUUGCACUUACUGUCUUCUUUUCACUUCUUUGUGCUUGUAUCAUCAUAGGGCAUCUGCUCGAAGAGAACCGGUGGGCUAAUGAGUCUAUCACAGCUCUUCUUUUGGGGUUGUGUGCUGGAGCUGUGGUAUUGUUAGUGAGUAAAGGCAAUAGUUCCCGGAUUCUAGUGUUUAGUGAGGACUUGUUCUUCCUUUAUUUGCUUCCUCCAAUAAUUUUCAAUGCUGGAUUCCAGGUCAAGAAAAAGCAGUUCUUCAAGAAUUUCACAAUAAUAUUGAUGUUUGGAAUAUUCGGUACAGUAAUUUCAUUCUGCCUCAUAUCACUAGGUGCCCUUUUGCUGUUCAAGAGAAUUGGUGUGACAUCCCUGAGUACUCAAGAUUACUUAGCUAUUGGUGCCAUAUUGUCAGCAACUGAUUCAGUGUGUACAUUGCAGGUUCUCAAUCAAGAUGAAACGCCCUUCCUCUACAGUGUUGUAUUUGGGGAGGGAGUAGUGAAUGAUGCUACUUCUAUUGUGCUUUUCAAUUCAGUUCAAUCAAUUGAUUUCAGCAACAUCGAUGCCACAAUAUCCUUGAAACUCUUGGGGACCUUUCUUUACCUCUUCUUCUCCAGUACCAUUCUUGGUAUAGUAGCUGGUCUUUUAAGUGCUUUUAUCAUAAAAACACUCUACUUUGGAAGGCAUUCAACAGACCGGGAAGUUGCACUCAUGAUGAUCAUGGCAUAUUUAUCAUAUAUGCUGGCUGAGCUACUGAGUCUCAGUGGAAUUCUGACAGUUUUCUUCUGUGGCAUUGUCAUGUCACACUACACUUGGCAUAAUGUUACUGAAAGUUCGAGGAUAACAACAAAGCAUGCAUUUGCAACUAUUUCAUUCAUUGCAGAAACAUUUAUAUUCCUAUAUGUAGGCAUGGAUGCCUUGGAUAUUGACAAAUGGAAAGCCAGCAGUGCAAGUGCAGGAACUUCAGUUGCUGUUAGUUCAACACUGUUAGCAUUGGUAUUGGUUGGGAGGGCAGCGUUUGUAUACCCCUUGGCAAAUUUCAUUAAUUGUAUUAAAAACCGAGACAGUUCAAAGAUUGAGUUUCGACAACAGUUUAUAAUGUGGUGGGCAGGCCUCAUGAGAGGUGCAGUUACUAUCGCACUGUCUUACAACCAGUUCUCAAACUCUGAGGAUACGGAUACAGAGGAUACAGCACUAAUGAUCACCUCUACCAUAAUUGUUGUCCUGUUUAGUACCGUGGCCUUUGGUUCCAUAACGAAACCAUUGAUCGAAGCAGUGCUACUACGACAUUCAAAACCAAAUAUUUCAGAUGCAACUGAUAUUCCCAGCCUAGAUGACUUAAGAAUUCUGUUCCUUGAAAAUGAUGAACCAAGUGAGUUGGGAGAGAAUCGACCAGCAGCCCCAAGGAGAAGUAGUUUAAGGUUGCUAAUGACUCACCCAACUUGGACAGUCCAUUACUUGUGGAGAAAAUUUGAUGACAGAUUCAUGAGGCCAGUUUUUGGUGGAAGGGGUUUUGUUCCAUUUGUGCCUGGUUCACCCACUGGUGCAGCUGAUGAAACUUCAGGAAUCUGAAGAAUCAACAAGCAUGAAAAUUUUUCAAUUUUUUGAUUUGUUGAAGAUGUUAGAUUAAUUGUUUUUCCUAUUCCCCAAUAUAAAAUAGUAAGAGUCUAUUUUUGUAAAGUAGUGCAAAUUUAAUUAUCAAAACAUCAUUCCAC